AUGACUACAAACUCUAAAGCACUGAUAAUAGGCCUUAGCGGGGCGUCGUCUAGCGGAAAGACUAGUUUAAGUCAUCUACUGCGCAAAAUUCUGCCUAACGUUGAUGUUCUUCACGAAGACGACUUCUUCAAGCAUGAAGAGGAGAUUCCUGUCAAAGAUAAUCUCCAAGAUUGGGACUGCGCCGAGGCAAUUGACUUGCCAGCCCUGGUAAAUGUCCUCCAGGAGAUCCGACACACUGGAGAACUUCCACCAAAUCUUGAGUCAAAAGAGAGCCAAAGUCUGACGAUUGAUAUCGAUAAAGUUUCGGAGAGUACUAUAUCCCGUAUCAAAGACCGAGUUGCCGCGUGGAUUGCACCUGGCCAGCCUGGCCACUUACUCCAAACUCGAAAGAUAUUCAUUAUUGAGGGGUUUCUCCUAUACUCUUAUUCGACGUCGGUGAUUUGGCCCUAUCUAGAUCUCAAGAUGUUUCUACAGGUCUCAUACGCCGCCGCCAAGGCCCGCCGUCAAACCCGCUCUGGCUAUAUCACACAUACUAGCAUUUGGCAAGAUCCACCACAUUACGUAGACCAGGUCGUAUGGCCCAACUAUCGACAUAAUCAUGAAUGGAUGUUUGAAGAUUGUGAUGUCGAGGGAAAUGUCAAGGAAGGGGCGCGUUUAAUAAGUGGCAUACGAUGUUCGGGCAUGGCUGAUAUGGACAUGGAAUCAACGUUAACCUGGGCCGUGGAGCUUCUGAUGGAAGAACUCCCCAGUUUGUUGGACGAUGAGUACCGAAAGAAUGAGUAG